AUGCAUGUGUUACAGCAACAAAGAGAUUGCCUUCAACAUUGGCUAAAGUAUCUUUCAAAAGAAAGGUUCCUUAAUCCAGAGGAAGUCAAAUUUGAGAAAAACCUUGGUAAAGGAAAACAUGGAGUGGUGUACGAAGCAACAUUCAGUGGACAUCCCUGUGCUGCCAAGUGUUUCCAACCAACAGAUAUGAAUUCUUUUCUUCACGAAUUGGAAGUGGCUGCCCACUGUAAACAUCAAAAUCUCUUGCAUGUUUUGGGUGGAACAGUUAAAGAUGGAUUCCCCCUGUUAGUAUGUGAACUUCAUAAUGGAAGCCUUUCUCUAUUCAUUGAAGAAUAUAGAAAGGCCCGGGGAGGGUUACCUGAAAAGCUAAUACUUAGCUUAACCAGAGACAUUGCUAAGGGUCUGAUCCAUAUUCAUAGUAAAAAACUGGUACAUCAGGACCUGAAAUCUGACAACGUUCUCGUGAGAGAGAUGGGGGAUGACUCAUGGAAGGCAAUUGUAUCGGAUUUUGGAACCGUCAAUAAUUGUACUAAUGUUACAAUGCCAAAUGUUGGGUCACCUAAAUAUCGUGCUCCAGAUGAACGUCAGACAUAUAAGAUGGAUAUUUUCAGUUUGGGCCUUGUGGUGCUAGAAAUGGCGAUUGGCAAAAAGCCAGACCAAAGUAGAUUAGAGGAACAACUAAACAAGGUUAAGAGUGAAUCUCUAGACAAAUUAAUCAAACGUUGUACAGCUUUAGAUCAUACAAAACGGUAUUCUGGGGAGGAUGUCAAGUUCUAUUGUGAAGAAAGAUUGAAGAACAUAGACAAAGGUUGUGUGCCUCUUUUGUAAAAUGCUGCUCUGUGGGUAAAUUUUUGGCCCCAUCAGUGUGAUCUCAGUAAGAGGGUUAGGUAGGAUAAAGGAUAUCCUUUGUUUCAAUUAUAUGGCUAGUAAUUGAUAACUAGAGAGAAAACACUUCCAGACUGGGAAUUCUCAGCCCAAACAGCACAAAAGUUUUCCUGCUGUUAGUGGUUGACAGAUCUUUGGAGUGAACUUGAGCAGAGCGUCUGGAUACAGACCCUUUCCUUCUUGGUCAUCACACCAAGCUAAUCUUAGGAAAAAAUUUGAAGCACAUUGCUGUUCUAGCUCACUUUUAAAAAUGGCUUGCUUGUUGAAUAUCGUAACUCUAUUCAAUGCCAGUACUAUGCCUAUUGAGUAUCAUGAUCAAGUCUGUUUAGGAAAGUUGUAAUGUAGGUCUACAAGAUGAUACAUUGAAAGUUAAAAAAAAAAUGUGCACAUAUUAUUUAAAUCAUUAUUAUUUCAUUAGAAUUCUGUUGUCAUUUGGGAUGGUUACCUAUCAAUCAUAUCAUUCUGUGAUAAAGAGUGACAAAAUUUUUUUUUUGAAAAAUUUCGAUGGACCUGAACCCAAUUACCUGGCUGACAUCAGUUUGCAUUUUCUCCGUUUCUCCGUGCUGUUCUCUGCACAUUUCCCAAGUUGGUAACAAGGAGAAUUUGUUUAACAAUCAAGAGUGUCUUUAGUUGGUGAUCAUUUCCUUUAUUCUCCUGACCUUAAUGUGUGAUACAGGGGUGAUAUUAUAAGGAGAAAUUAGAUGCUGGUCAUUCUCAGGGGUCCCAUGGUUACCAGUACACCAAAUGAUAAUUACUUGUUGUAAGUUAGCCUAACGCCUGCAUAUUCCGGGUACAAAUUUUAUGAAACAACUUUUUUUU